AUGCGUCCAUAUUAUACUUCAUCGUCUGUUCCAUCCUCGCCUAUUACUAUUAAUACAUUUCAUUGUUUACAACCAAAUUCAUCGUCAUUCCAACCAAAAUACUUCCAGUCAUCAUCUCCACAGUAUGAUCUGUCGAAACAAAAACCAAGUGAACCGUAUAACAGUAUAACUUACAACCGAAAUCAUCCUUAUCAAAAUGUAAAUCAUACAAAUUUAUCUUCUGGUCAACAUUUCUCCAGUCCAUCAGGUCAUCAUUUCAGUAAUUAUUCACAAUCGUCAAAUAUUCAGGCAUCCACACCAAAUCAUCCCCAUCAAUAUUAUCGCAAUACGUUUACAAAUUCACAGCCAAAUAUUGCCAAUGAUUCAUCUUAUACUGUACAUGAAACAAGAAUCGGUUCAGCACAAUCAAAUAUGGGUGAAAAUAAUGGAAUGACACACUGCAGUAGUCGAUCGGCUGUCAUGAAUACACAAUCACAAAUUCCACAGUCUCAAUUUCGGGAUUCUAAUAUCAACCAAACAACGAAACGUCCUCGUCCUCCGCCUCCACCGCCUAGAAGUGGUAGUUGGACUAGUGGUAAAACAAUUGCUGCCACUUCUACUUCAGUUGAUGAUUGUGCAAUAAAUCAACGUCUGUUAGGUAAGUAUGCUCGUGAAUCACCAUCGCCAUCACCAUCUAUUUCAUCAGCAUCAUCGCUGGCAUCUGGUGCGCAAAUGAAAAUGACCACCUGUUCAUCUGAUUCUACUACAGCUGGCAAUGUGAAUUAUUCAACUCAACAACAACAACAGCAACAACAUUCUUGUACUGCUCAUCAAAUGCAUAAUCCCACUAUUGGUUAUACUAAUAGUAAUACUCUGCAUACAUCACUCAUGAAUGGUUACACACAGCCAAAUCAACACCUGAACUACCAUAUACCAAAUCAUGAAUCUGGUGGUGCCAGUCGGUUAAAUAAUUAUUCAUCUACGACGAAUAUACCAGUCGGAAAACAGCCUAUACAACAACGUCAAAGUCAACAACCUUAUCAACAACCACAGUACCAACAACACCCUCAAACUGGUGGAAUUCCUGUGUAUAGUCAACUGUCUACUACAAAUACCUCUUCUCAGUAUCAAUUUUCAAAUAUCACACCUUCUAGGUAUAGAUCAAACCAACUAAUUAACCACAAUAACAGUAUUAACAAUAAUAAUAAUAAUAAUAAUUCUUAUGAAUAUCAGUCGAAACAGUUAAUUGUCAAUAGUCGUAAAGACGUCAUUGAAGCUUUACUCAGUUUAUUGAUUUGGCAUCAUCCAGAAGCAAAUUUCACUGAGAAUAUGAAUCAAUCAGAAAUUCAUGCAUUUCAUAACUUUUUAUCAAAUUGGUUAGCUAAAUCUGAUACAAACUGGUUAGCUAAUAAUAUUAAUAGUAAUGAUAAUACUAUUCAACAAUAUAUACCUAAUGUUUCACAGUCAUCUCAACUUACAAAUACAUAUGUAGCUCAGUGUACACGUCAAAUAUUAACACAUUUAAUUAGAAUAUUGUAUAGUGAUACUGUUUAUGAAGAAGUGGAUUCAUCAAUAAAUCAGACUGGUAAAGAAAUUGAUGAAGAAGAAUAUAAUAUGAAUGGUACUGAGAAUGAUGAGAAUCAUUCUGAUAAUAAUAAUAAUAAUAAUAAUAAUAAUAAUAAUAAUAAUAAUAAUAAUAACAGUAAUCAUCAUCACCAUGAUUCAAAUCACUUUCUAUCGUAUUCUUCAUCAUCUAGUAAUGGUAUCGUUUCUCGUAGUCAUGUUGGUGGCAGUGGCAGUGGUGAUGGAUAUGAUAAAUCUUCAGUUUCAGUUUAUUCGUGUGAUGAAGAGAAUCGAAUAGCGAACGACGCCAACAACAGAUUAGAACAACAGCAACAACAAGAACAAAAAUCAUCCGAUUAUUGUUAUUAUUAUUAUUCAAAUACUACAAUGAAUAAUUCUAAUCAUAGUAAUACAAAUAAUGAUAUUAAUCUAGGCAGAAUAACUUUGGCUGAUUCAAAGAAUCUAUUUCCUCCGAAUACUUCAUUGAUGGAGUUGAAAAUUGCUGCUAUGGAGGCUAUUCAUAAACUUGCUCCAUUAUGUCAACCAGAACCAAAGUUGUACGGAAGAGAUAUGAGUAUCAUUCAACUAUUAACAGCAAUUCAUAGUUAUAGUUUAAGUUUAAGUGAACGAAUAUCACAGACAAAUACAAAUACGAAUACACAAGUGAAUAGUAAUGAUAGUAAUAGUGGCGAUGAGAAUAUUGUAAGUGCAUUGAUAACAAAUAACUUCGAUAAAAGGACAAAUAAUCUUUCGUCUAUUUUUGAAUCAUGUGCUGCAUGUCCAGUAGCUGAAGUCGCUGCUCUUGUUCGCCUAUCCUUUGAUCCAAUGCAUCGAAAUGCUAUUUGUGAAUUAGGUGGUGUACAUGCUCUUAUCUCACUACUGCGUAUUGAACAAACCAUUUGGUCAGAAUACCUCAAUCCGUUUAGCGGUAAUAACAAUAAUACUCCUCCAACUAGUGCUACUACUACUAGUGCUAAUACUAAUACUCCUGCUACUUAUAAUAACACUGGCGUCAAUGCGACAAAUUCACUGAUAAUUGGCAAUCAAAAUGUUACAACAACAUUACUAGAGAAUAGUUUAGCUCUUCGCCGAUAUAUAUGUAUGGCGUUAACAAAUUUAACUUAUGCAACAAUUGAUAAUAAAGCAUUUAUAUGUCGACGUAUUGCUAAUUUAGAAGUAUUACUAGCACAAUUGGAGACAGGAAAUGAAGAAUUAAAACAGGUAUCAGCCAGUGUAUUACGUAAUCUUAGCUGGCGUACAGAUAGUCGGAGUAAAGCUGCACUUCGACGUGUUUGUGCUGCCAAACGCCUAACAAUAGCUGCUAUGAGUGCACAAAAAGAAAAUACUUUGCGAACUACACUCAGUGCUUUGUGGAAUCUUAGCGCUCAUUGUUCACAGAAUAAGAGAGCUGUAUGCAGUGUGGAUGGUUUGCUCCCAUUCCUCUUAAGAAUGUUGCGUCUUCAAAAUCCUGCACAAAAUUUAGUUAUCAUUGAAAAUAGUGGUGGUAUUUUACGUAAUAUCUCAACAAUUAUUGCUUCGCGUGAUGAUUAUCGGUCUAUUCUUCAUCAAUACAAUUGUUUUCCAAUCCUCUUGGAGUUGUUACGUAAUCCACCGAGUUUAACAGUUGUAGUGAAUGUGUGUGGUACACUUUGGAAUUUAACUUGUUCUUCAUUAAAUAAUAUUAUUCCUAAUGCCGGUAAUAAUGGCAAUAAUACCUCUGCUACUUCUGCUACAACUACCAGUGCUGCUAAUACUACUAAUAUCGUAGUCAGUAGUCAUCAUGAUCGUCUACUCCUUUUACAACUUGGUGGAUUAGAAUUAAUUCAAAAGUUAACACAAUCAAAACAUGAUUUAAUACGUAAUAGUUCAAUGGCUGUUUAUCGAAAUCUCUUACAGACCGAUACAUCAAUGAAUCAGAAUUAUUUGCCGUCAUCAUCGUCAUCACAUAAUUAUAACCCCAAUUAUGCGGAUACUACCAUUAAUACUGCUCAUACAGCUACUACGAAUUAUCAAGUCUCAAUAUUGAAUGUAUUCACUAGUACACAACAGAACAGUACUAAUCGUCAGCAAACAUAUGAUGGUUCAAGUAAUAAUGAACAAAAUAAUUCAUCUUACCCUGCAGAGACAUCAUCAUCAGCAUCAUCGUCACAGACGACAACACCAACAUCAUCCUCAUGUGAACAAGGCUCUUACAAACGUCGAGUUUCAUCUAGAUCAUGUAGACUUCGUUUUGGUUUAUUGUCGGUUGUUUUCGAAGCUGAAAGUGAUGAUGAAAUCGACGACAAUGUCGAUGACGAUGAUGAUGAUGGUGAUAAUGACGAUGUCCCUGAAGAAGAUGAAGUAGGUGAACAUGAUGAUGUAAGUGAAAAUGGUGGAGAAAAUCAUCGUGAACAUCCACAUCAUCGUCAUCAUCAUCAAGAGAGGGAACAAGUUGAGUAUGAAGUAGAUGAAAGUUUCCCCCACCCUCCACAUCAUCAUCAUUAUGAAGGUGAAUUAUCUAUGGAUCAUGAUCAUUUCAGGUGUCAUGAUAAUAAAAAUUCUGAAAGUUUAUGUGAUAAUGAAAUUAUGAUCUCCGGAUCAGCGGAUCAUUUCCCCCCUCCGCCUUCUCAUCAUCAUCAACACCAUCCUCAUGCUCAUCAUCAUGAGCGUAUAUCUAAUUGGUGUGAUCAUCCAGUUAGUCAUACUACUCAUGUAAAUGAUACUGCCCAAUUGAUGACAGAUGAAGAGCAAACACGUGUUUACGCUGAAGAGGGGACACCUUUUCCACCAGAUUCUACAACUGCAUCCUCCUUAGAGUUGAACAGAACGGAUGAAAAGAUUGUCAUGAAUGAUAAAUGCGAUAAAGUGUACAAUGCUUCAAAUGAAACACAAAUAAUAUAUACUAAUAAUAACAGUCAAGAGAACAGUAAUUAUAAUCUCCCGCUUACAAUGUAUCGCAAUGAUCCAGUACCUCAUGUAUAUGCUAUGGAAGGUACACCAUCGAAUUGUGAUAGUCAUCUUAGCCGUGAAGAUAGUAUACACAAUAGUGAAAGUAGAUUGAAUGAAAUGGAAUUGAAUCAGUCAACAGUAAAGAUGGAUUUCAUAUCAUAUCCUGGUACGACUAAUACUACUACCACAACUGCUGCUGCUAUUACUACGACUACAAAAACAACAACAACUGCUACACAUUGUGAAGCAGUUCACACUAUUGAAGAUAACACCUAUCUCCCAUCACCACCGGCAGAUAUCUCUAAUCUAGUCUCACCAUUAACAUCAUUGAAUCUAGAAGAUUGUGAUAAAUAUGCGGGUGGUCAAUUCCCUAUGCCUCCACCGCCACCUUCACAACCAUUGUCAACAUUUCCUAUAGCCUGUAGAGAAUCAGAUUGUGAUGUUUUCUCGUCGAAACAAACUCCUUUAGUCUUUUCACGUGGUACAUCAUCCUGCUUGUCUUCACUAGACUUAGAAAUUCCAUUCCCUGGUGGUUUCCAGUCAUCACCAGAUAGUGAAUAUUCAAAUCAGUUGAGAAGUAAUGAUCUUAGCAGUAGUGAUGUAAGCGGUCAUUUUAGUGGUGGAGGUAGUAUUACUAGCAAUAGUAGUAAUAGUAGUGCUUGUUCUCGUAAUGACAGAAGUAGAAAUCAUAACAGAAAUUGUAAUGUUGAAAUCUAUGCCAAUGAUAGUUGUGUUGAAGGUGAAGAAGAUGAAGGGGAUGUUAGACUACCAUUCGCUGAAGAAGGUACACCACAAGAUGCUGUCUCUUUGAAUGGUGGUAACACUAAUCCUAUGUAUCUGCAUUCACAUACGUUUAAUCAAUCGGAGAUGAAGAGCAAUCUAGAUGAAAUGAAUAGGACUAUUAGUGAAGUAGACGGCGGUGUCGACGUGGAUAUCGAUGACGAUGAUGAUGACGACGACGAUGAUGAAGAUGAAGAUGGGAAUAAUCAACAUUCAGAAAUAUUACAACAAUGCAUCGCAUCAGCUAUGCCAUCAAAUAAUGCCUUCAGUGUAUUAUUAAAUCAUUCGCCUAAUAAUAAUAAUAAUCAUAAUAACAAGAAUUUCUCUAAUCCUUCUGAUAUUCUCUUUAAUGAAACUGAUGAUUCAUUGAAAACUUUUGCUGUUGAGAAUACACCAUUCAGUAAUUCAACAAAGGCUAGUUCAUUAAGUGAUUUAAUCAUUUCAGAGCAUAAAGGGUUAGAGCAACAAGAAGAAAACGAAGACGAAGAAGGAGUGGGCAAUGCUGGAAAUGAUUGCAAUUCACAUUUACCUCAUCAUGCUUCUAUAACAACAGAAAAUAUCAAUCUAAAUCAUGAUAAUAGUUCAUCAACAUCAAGUUCAUUGAAUGGUGAUAAUUCAUCUGAUUUAUUAUCUGAAGUUAUACAAUCAGCAAUGCCUAAAUGUGUUGGUGGUCAACUAAGACUGUCUAAUCUAUGCUCAAUAAUUCAAGGAACAUCUACCACGGAUGCUGACGCUGAUGAGGAGGAGGAUGACAAUGAAGUUGAUGGCGACUGUCUACAAAUGUAUGCACUUGAAGGAACACCAGGCGGUUUAAAUGACAACUUGUCAUAUUCAUCAUCUUUGCCAAAUGAUGAAGGCAGUAUACUAUCUGAAACAUCGAAUUCUUUGCUAUCUAUGAUACCGAAAUCAUCAUGUCUAUUUCAACCGUUGAAUAAUAAUAAUAAUAAUAAUAAUACUCAACUACCACCUACACCACCACUGCGUACCACAUCAGCGUUGACAACUACUAGUUGUAGUAAUAGUAGUAGUCCAGAUCCAUUUGCUAAAGCGUCGGAUCUGACGAGGCCAAGAGCAACAGUUGCACCUAUGCUACAGACAAAGUGUCAUUCACUUAAUUCACCGAUUGUUUCUCGUUCUCAAAAUAUGUCUGAGCAAUCAUCGAAAUCAUAUCUACAUCAUGCUGAAAUUGAACGUAAUGAUGAUGAUGAUGUUGAUGAUUGUAUCCCAAUGCCUAAUUCCUCGUUACCAUCCUCAUCAUCUCCAUCUCAUUACACUGGGGGAGGAGUAGGAGGAGGAGGAGGAACAGUUGGAGGAGAUAAAGAUGAUGCCAGUUCAUUUUCAUCAUUACUCAGUAUUGAAUCUGUUGGAAUGGAACACUCCUUAUUACAAGAGUGUAUAUCAUCAGCUAUGCCACGACCUAAGUCAAUAUCACUUCUACGAAAACAACACCAACAACCUCAUCAAUUUGGCCAACAACAAAAGCAGCCAUCAUCAUCAUCAUCUCCUCAACAACAGCAAGGUGUUCAACUGAUGGAAGAAAAGUCUACUGGAUCUAGUCAUCAACCUAUUGACAGGGCAGAUAAUCAUAUGGUCAAUAGCACAACAUUGUCAAUGUCUAACUUACAAGUUUAUGAACCAUCACAACCGCCAGUAUCGGAUUCGAACUUGACACCCUCUCAAAAUAAUAGUCUAUUAUCGAAGAAAUCAAGUCAAAUACAACGAAAAACACAACAGCAAAAUUCUAGAAUACCAAGUCAUAAUACAAAUAAAACUUAUACAAAGUCGAAUAAUUCAUUGCAAGCUACUGAUAGCAACAGCAGUAGCAGUGGUAGUACAAUGCAUUUUUUAGAUCAUGGCUCCGACGAUGUACAACCGCCGUUGUGUCGGAAUACGAACUCACCGAUGACGAUGAUGAAGAAGCAUGUAAUGAAGACUAGCAGUACUGUUGCAACUAUUUCUACUACUGAUACGACUGCCACUACGGCCACCUUCACUGUCAAUUAUGGUGAUAAAAAUAACAGUCAUAAGAGUAAUAUUACUAACUAUUCGUCGCAAGUGUUGAAUCAAGUCAAUUGUACAUCAUUCGGAGCCAAAAUUCCUAAACCUUCCACGAAUGAAACUUUGAACACGAAUAAAUUGUCACCACAGUCUGGUGGUGAUUCGCCUACAGACAGCAAAAAAUCUCCUCAAUCUAUAACAGAGAAAACAAUUAAUGAAAUUCUACCAAAUCUUAGUAAACUUACACCUUCCAUUAACAAUAAUAACAACGGCAAUCAUAUGAAGUCUGGUUUACGUCCACCAUCUGUCAAAUCGGCAUCAUACAUUGGUGGUAAUGCAUUAAACAGUACAGACAAUUCAAGUGUCAAUUAUAAUAAUAAUAGUAAUUUCGAUUCAAAAUAUAUUAGUGAACUUUUAAAAAAGGGUGCUGAAACUGUUGUCUCAGACUUAAUGAGAUCAUCUGAAUCCAAUGAGAAAAAUGAUUCCACAAAUCAAGAAUUAAAACUGAAUUCUCAAUCAGUCAGCGCUGGUGGUGGUAGUAGUAGUAGUAACACUUCAAGUUUAGAACUUCUACCCGAAUUCAUUGAAUUAGAUCAAAUCGGAUCAAGUACCUCAUCACAAAAUAAUAAUAAUAAUAAUAAUGAAAAUGAAACUAAGAAGACAAAUGAUAUUGUUGUGAACAAGUCGGUUGCAUCUGGUAUUGUCUUACCCACCUCCAUUGGAGUUAUCGGCAAACGAUCAUUCAUCACUCCGCCAAACACAUCAUUAUCUAAUAAUAUUCGGCCGGUAAAUUAUACAACCACCUCAUCAUUGAAUAAACCCGACCAGUCAUUAAAAGUCAUUAAUAAGAACGCAAAUGCCACCACUACUACUACUACUAAUAUCAAAAAUAGUAGUAGCCAUAAUAAUAUCAAUAACAGUGGGAUCUCCAGGAAUAGUAUACCGACUUUAUCAAAUGCCUCGUCGACUAAAAGCAUCAAUAGUACUACUCGAGGUGGUAGUGGUUCUGGUAGUCUCAGUGAUAAAAACAAAAAUCAUCAGCCAACAACAUCUGUAAGUAAUAUCAACGCCACUAGCAGUACAAAUACAACGUAUAAGUAUAAAAAGAGUGUUAUCCAUCCUGUAACUGCAGUGGCCAGUACAUAUAAGACGAAUAGUCAAACGAAUAAUAAUAAUACUAGCAAUAAGACCUCCACUAGACGUGUAAAACAGCAAAGUCAACAACACAACCAACAAAAACAAUAUCAACACCGACGUACAGCUAUGACAGAACCACCGUCAGUACAAAAUUGUUCAUUGGCUACAAGUCGGACAGUAUCUGCUGCUAGUUCAAUAUCAAAUUUAAAAUCUAUAAAUCAUCCUUCUAAUGAUACCAAUAAUACGAAUAAAGCAAACAGUCAAAAACAAGUGUCUGUUGAAUCUGUCUACGCUGCACUUGUCAAACAAGAUAAAUUAACCAAUCAUCGUUAUCAUUCUAAAAGUACAACGAUAACACCGUCACUGACAACGACAACUACCUCUUCUAAUAUAAAUACACAUGCUAAUGUCAAUAAUAAAUUAGUUUUGAAGAAUACAUCGAAUGGCCUAUACGCCAAAAGCACAGCAACAACAACAAAAACUGCUACUACUGCUACUAGUAAUCGUUCAUUAAGUGGAACAUCCCGUUCAAAUCCUUCCACUGGACGUAUUACUUCAGCGGCGACAUCAACUAGCGGUAAACGCACACCUUCCCUACGUGGAUCGAAUGACUCUAUAGCAACUGUUGGAGGAAGUGGAGACACAAAGUUGUCGGUCAGUCGGAUACCAUCGGCAACAGAAUUACCUGGAUCAUCCAUUACCGCAACUAUGACAACCACAACAACAACAACCACUACGUCAGAAAUUCCAAAGCCUAUUCGUGGUGGACGAAAGUCACUAACAGGUCGAAAAAUCAAUCCAGCAAAUACAACAACUAGUGCAAUGCCUGUUCCUGUGAAACCAAUAUCAGCUGUUCGACCAACUCCACAUUCCUUAGCUAAUCUUCCCAAUAACAAUAAUGAUUCAAAUGUUACACCUGUGAAAGACGAUGUUGAUAAGCAAAGAUCAACUGAUAAAACUAUUCAACCUAUUAACGAGAAAAAUCAAUCCUAUAAAAACGGCCCGAUUAAAUCAAGUGAACAUAAUAAGAGCACUAUUGAAUCAGAUGCAUUAAAUAAUCGAAAAUGUCUCAACGAGGAUAAUUUAUCUUCUGAGAAAACUCCUGCCUCUGGUAUGUGGAUUGUACGCGAAGAUUUAGGCAUGAUUAUAGAUGAUUUUCAUUAAUUGAAAAGUAAAAAAUAAAAAAUCUAAGCGUUCUUCUGCUCGAAAUGAUAAUAAUAAUAAUAACCGGUUUCCCUUCUUUUUUUUUUAUAUUUUCCCCCAAACAUUGUGCUUAAACACCAGUUUUUACGUUAUAUGUUUAUAUACUACUGAAUUCUGUUGUUAGUAGCUUGUACCAUUUCUUUGCAUUUCUCCACUGUUUUUACUAAUCAUUUAUUAAUAUGCUUCAGUUUUAAUAUAAAUAUUGAUCAAUCCUAAUGGUUGUUCCUUCUUUUAGCAUUGUUGUUGUUUCUAUGCAUAUUGAUUGCUUUUGCUUUAUCGCCACUUUUAUAACUGCCUCCUUUAUUUCUGUGUGUACAUUUACCUCGUGUUGCGCUGAUAUGUACCUAUUUAUUCAAUGAGCAGUUUAUAUGUUUUAUUCUUUUAAAGUAUUAUGAACUUUUGUUGAAUUGUUAAAAUGGUAUAACAUAAGGCAAUCAAGCAGAUUCAGAACAAUAACUUUCUGUAUACGACGACUCAAUCUAUAUAUCCUACUUUCUUAUUUACUGGCUUACAUUCUCUAUUACCCACGUUUUCUGCCUUUCUAUUUUACGUUUAUUAUACUUAUCUACCGCUUGUAAGUAAUAUAAGUGUGCAUAUACAUAUAUAUAUAUAUAUAUUCUUUCUGUCUAAUUUUUGAUAAUUGCUCGCAUAACCUUCGUUUCUGUUGGUAAUAUACUCUUCGCCUCUUUUGAAGUAAAAUGAAUUUUAUAUACACUCUCCUCUAAGAAGACCUGUUAAGAAUACACCGAGAUAAUUAUACUAAUCAGACCAGAUACACACACACGCACAACUGUCGUUGUCUUCACAUCAUGGCAGUUGGUUUUUUCAAAGAGAAGAAUCGGCAACUUUCCCUUCCUCUUCUUUUUCUGUCUUGUUGUAUCGAUUAAUAGUGAGAUGAACUCCACCGUCGAAUUGGUGGAUAUAUAUUUAUAUAUCUUUGCUGUUCUUUCCUUUAUUGCUUAUCUUGUCUUGUUUGGUUUUUUUUCGUGAAAAAAUAAUGCUUAUUUAUUCCAUGAGCUUGACCACACUGUCGGAUAUAUUGCCCGAAACUGCUGGAUAAUGAGUUCCUCUUUUCCGAAUUGUGUCUGUAUGUGUGUUUACUUCACCAGGCUUGUUUUGUAAUUCAUACCUCAUUAUUGCUGUUAUCUUUUGAGAAUUGAGCAUUUUUACUUUUAUGGUUUCUACAAAUUUUAGCCUCUUUUUUCUACAUACAUGUUGUAAAGAAGUAAUAUACAUUAAUAAAUAAUUAUGACAAUAAUAAUAAUAAGAAGAAGAAGAA